AUGCCUCCAUUGACCGGGUUUUCUGAUAAUCCACUUCGCUCCAGAGACGAUCUUGCCAAUGCCGCUCUGGCCUUUUUGCGACCGCUGAAAAUUUAUUUUUCCCCUGGAAAUGCUCGUAUUCGUAUCCCGGUCUCGACGGGAGCUCAUUUCGAUGAAGCUGCUGCACAGCUUGAGGGAUUCGUUCGGCCAUUGUGGGCAGUAGCUUCAUUGCUGCAGUGGGAGGCCUCGUCUUCCAAGGAAAAUACAUUUGAUGCUUCCAUCGCGAAAGAAAUUCGGGAAGUGACAGAACCAUGGAUUGCGGGGUUUUCCACUGGUACAGAUCCCGAGCAUCCAGAAUAUUGGGGAGCGAUUUCCGACAUGGAUCAGCGGAUGGUCGAGGCAGAGGUUAUUAGCUAUGCUCUGCUGUCUGCUCCAGACAAAUUGUUUCACGGUCGCGAUGAGAAGACCAGACAUAAUAUUACGGCCUGGCUUCGGGGGAUCAAUGGAAAGCAAAUGCCCAGCAACAAUUGGCGUUGGUUUCGAGUAUUUGCUAAUCUUGCGCUCAUCAAGGUUUGCGGAAUUGCUGCUUCUGAGCUCACAGAAGAGAUUACUGCGGAUUUCGCUGUUCUCGAUUCGUUCUAUCUAGAAGACGGCUGGUCGGGCGACGGCCCCUGGCUAUCAACUGAAGAGGAAGAGGAGGAAAUGACUGCAUUUGAACAGACUCGCCGCAGAGAUGCGAUUGGAAAAGGUCGGCAAGUGGACUAUUACUCUGGUAGUUUCGCCAUUCAAUUCAGCCAGUUGUUAUAUACAAAAUUCGCCGAUUAUAUGGAUCCUGAAAGGACUGCAAGGUACCGGCAGCAAGCUCGUGACUUUGGAAAUUCAUUCUGGAAAUACUUUGACUGCAAUGGCUCUGCCAUCCCAUUCGGUCGCUCCCUCACGUAUCGAUUCGCAUGUGGCGCCUUCUUUUCUGCGCUGGCAGUAAGUGACGUUUCCGACAUGCAGUAUCCGCUAUCAAAGCCUGGCCAUGUUAAGGGAAUGCUCUUGCGUCACCUUCGGUGGUGGGCAGCUCGCUCAGAUGACAUCUUCAAUGUGGAUGGAACCUUGAAUAUCGGCUGGUUGUACCCGAAUAUGUACAUGUGUGAAGACUACAACUCACCCCAGUCUACUUACUGGGGCCUCAAAUCGUUAAUUGCCCUCUCGCUCACGUCAAACAACAGUUUCUGGACAGCAGACGAAGAGGAACACCCAGUUCAACAGGCUCCAGAGCUCAUCCCAGCUCCCAGACAGAUCAUUAGCAACCACCCAGCAGGAAAUCAUCACUUCUUCCUGUCACCUGCUCAAUUUGUCGCGUGGCCCCUUAAAGCCAGUCAAGCAAAAUACUCCAAGUUUGAAUACUCAUCCGCCUUUGGGUUUUCGGUUCCCACUGGACCUUUAAUACAACAAAUUGCGCCAGACUGCACGCUAGCGCUUAGCCGAGACGGUGCCGAGACAUGGGCUGUGAAGUGGAAGUGUUCCGAGCCUGUACUUUCCACAGCUUCUCUCUUAGUGCGUGGACAGACACAUAUCGUACCUCAGGCUACUGUUCGGUGGUAUCCUUGGGGGGAUCGGCAGGUGGAAAUCAAUACAACAUUGAUCCCACCGACGGAUCGAUGGCCAGACUGGCAUAUACGGAUUCAUCGCGUCCGAAUCAAUUCCUCGCUACGCAGUCUCCACACUGUCGAAGGUGGAUUUGCCUCUCUUGGUCGCCGAUCGGAUGGAUCAAAACUUCCAAACAUUGACAGCGACUCUGAUAUGAUAAUUGGAACAACUGAAGGAAUUCUUGAAACAGACAGCUCUGUCUUGAUCCUUUCAGCGGCUGGAGCUACUGGCCUUUCGGUCCUUGGGGUAGACCGCCCGUCGCCACCUAUAAUCACGGAUGCUUCCGCUCUAAAGCCUGAUGCAAACACCAAUUUGGUACAUCAGAGGACACUCAUUCCUACCAUUACGCGUGACUUGUCGCGGGAUAUUGAGCCGGGUGAGGAGUUUUACUUUUUUACAGGAGUAUUCGCUAUCUCUAGUGCUGCUCAAAGUAGUCGCGAGGUGAAAGGGAGCAUUGCAGAUCGGUGGAAUGAUCGGCCCCAAAUAGCGGCAUUUUUGAACGGGAGCCAGGCCGGAGGUGAAAUUCUUGAUGUGUUAGGAUUAUCCAGCAAAGAUGGGAAAUGA